UCCUUGGCCGAGUCAACCUACCUUGAAAGCUCAAGAGCUGAGGAUGGGAGUUCAAUGAUGGACACUUUUGAUAAUUCUUAUAGUCUUUCCCAGACUGGAGACCAAUCAAAGUUUACAGAAGGAUCCAUGAUUGAUGUCUCCAGGGACUUGCAGGACACUUCUUGUGAAGAAGAAAACUUGAACAGCUCCAUGACCUCUACCAGUUCCACCGAGGAGGCGUCCCUCAAAGAUACCACGUCUCUACUGGAUGACUCUUUAAACGACACGUCACAAAACUGCUCCUCCCUGCUUUCUGCAUCGAUUAAUGCCUCUACACACUCUAUCAAAGGUGAUCAUAUUCUUGGCAAAGAGAAUGGAGCUGAUACUUCAGGAGGUGACCGAAGAUCUGCGCUCUCUGUAAUGACGGUUAAAGCGCUGCAAGCGGUCGUAAGCGGUUCUGUUGAAGGGACGACCACACAUAUGUCUGAAGCCCUUAUCGCCAUGCCAACAAAAAAGCCACGGAAGCCUAGAACCCCAAAGACGACAGUUGCUACCGCUGAAAUUGGCUCUCCUGAUUCCAAGAUCAAGAAACGAAAGAUAACACCUGACGGCCCAAAACAAGAAAAGGGUAGGAGGAGAAAGAAAACAGAUGAUAAUUCAACGACUGCAGUGAAGAAGAGGAAAAUCUCUAAAGAGGCAAAAGAACAGGACGGCGUCCCAACUGAUACCUCAGCUCCUUCAAAUGCUCAGCCUCACCUUUUAAUUGAUCCAAUGACCUUCGUCCAUGACUUAAGCCUGACCAAUAGCGAGAGCCCCAUAGUCCGGCCCAAGAAGAUCUGGAAGCGCAAGAUGAAAGAAGGCGUGAAUGAGGCAAAGCCUCCCAAACCAGCCAAAGAGUUCUCCGAAGGAAAAACUGAAGAAGAUGACGAUGAUAACGGCUCCGCAGCAGGUGAUACCCCAAGGCGUCGGAUUGCAACUGAAGAGCAAGUCCAAUUUCCUUUGCAGCAUGGCUGGAGGCGAGAGAUUCGAGUCCGGAGGCUCGAGGACCGCCUGAAAGGAGAGACGUGGUACUAUAGCCCCUGCGGCCGGAGGAUGAAGCAGUUCCCCGAGGUCAUCAAGUUUCUGAAGAGGCAUCAGGAUGCUCUCCAGGGCGUUUCGAGAGAGCACUUCAGCUUCAGUCCACGCAUGCCAGUGGGUGAUUUCUAUGAGGAGCGGGAAACCCCUGAGGGUAUGAAAUGGUUCCUCCUCGCCAAUGAGGAAGUGCCCUCCAUGAUCAUGGCUAUAACAGGCAGACGUGGUCGUCCACCAAAUCCAGACAAAGAGCCUCGUUCCCGUGGCCGCCGAGCCAGAGGAGCCCCAGGUAGACGGCCAGGCCGACCUCCCAAGCCCAAGAUGGAGGAUCUGCUCAGCAAAGUGGACGCCAGGCUGCUGAAGAGACUGGAGGCAAAGGAGGAUCUCACAGAGGAAGAAAAAGAAAAACUGGUUAAGAUCAAGAAGAAAAUGAAGAGAAAGGCAAGAAUGAAAAGAAAAGAGGAUGCAAAGAAUAAAAAGAUCCGGCAGGAGAAACGGAAAGCCAAACUGGAGAAAGCCAAAGAGCAGGAACAGGAUAAUGAAGACCAGUCUCAGACUCAGAGCCAGGCAUCUGAAAGCCCUCUCUCAGCCGCAGAGGGACCCAAGAAGCCCGGCCGCAGGAAGAAGGUCACAGCACCACCUGCAGCAGAGGCGUUGGACCUGGAGAAGGCCAGUCCCAUCAAGAAAGUGGCCCGGGCCCGCAGCAAAGCCAAGGCUCUGGCCAAAGCCCAGGCUCAAGCGGAGGCCGAAGCGCAGGCUGCACUGGCAGCAAAGAGGCAGGCGGAGCGGAGGGCGCAGGCUCGGAGACGAAUGGAGGAGAGGAAGAGACAGCAGAUCAUCUUAGAGGAGAUGAAGAAGCCUGCAGAGGACAUGUGUCUCCCCGACCACACGCCCCUCCCACAAUUGACACGGAUACCAGGACUGGUGCUUUCGGGUUUGGCCUUCUCCAAUUGUUUAAGGGUGGUUGAGUUCCUGCAUGGUUACGGAAAGAUUCUGGGGCUCCAGGUGCCCAAGGAUAUUCCCAGCUUGAGCGCCCUGCAGGAAGGGCUCCUCGGCAUGGAGAAGAGCCAAGGCGAGCUCCUGGAUCUGCUCAUUAAACUGGUGGAGGCCGCUCUGCACGAUCCUGGACUGCCCUCAUAUUACCAGUCUGUGAAGAUCCUGGGGGAGAAGCUGGUGGAUCUGGAGCUGAGCCACAGCACUGUGUCCGAGGUGCUGCGGAUCUUUCUGGAAGCCCAUGGCUUUGAGUUGGAGGUGUGUAACAGUCUGCGUACAAAGAGCUUCCAGACCCUCAAACCCGACGUCAAAGCCUCCAUACUGGCCUUCCUGGUGGAGGAACUCAACGCCAGCAACAUAAUCACCAGGGAGAUUGAUAACACGCUAGAGAAUAUGACAACCUACAGGAAAAACAAGUGGAUUAUAGAAGGCAAGCUACGCAAACUGAAGGCUGCGCUGAUGCGUAAGACGGGCCGUCCGGAGGAGGAGCUGUGCUUCGAGGAGCGCCGGCGUAGUGCUCGUGGGGGAGUGGCCGAGGAGGAGAGCAUCGAGGAGAGCUCCGUGCUGGAGAGAGGCAGCCGCCGAAAAGCCAAAGAGGAACCCAAACACACGGAGAUUGAGAGUCCCAAUACCUGCAGUGUCGCUGAGCUGGAGCGUCAGAUUGAUAAACUGACCAAGCGGCAAGUGUUUUUCCGCAAGAAGCUGCAGCAGUCGUCUCAUUCUAUGCGGGCGGUGUCUCUGGGGCAGGAUCGCUACCGCCGCAGGUACUUGCUGCUGCCUUAUAUGGGAUGUGUCCUCGUGGAGGGAGCAGAGGAUAUCCUGGCCUCAGAUGAAGUGACCGUCAGCGAUGAACCUGUGACUUAUGUGAAGGUCAUAACUCCAGUGAAGACUGAGGUUAAAGCUGAGCCUCCCCUCUCUCCGGCUUUCACUGCAUCUCUCCCCUCUUCUCCUCGAGCGUCCCAGCUUUCCCCCACAGAGGCGGAUCCUCUACCCGGCGAGGCCUCUCUGAUGAGCAGCCCUCGAGGACGGGGUCGCCCGCGCAAGAUCAAACCCGAAGUGGAGCUCCACCUGCGAACCGCCAAGAACCGGCGGCGCCGCCGUAGCAGCAGAUCAGCAGCUGAGGAUUCGACUCUCAACUCUCCUGUGCAGGAUCCCACUCAGCCUGCUUUCCAGACGCCUCUCGAGCAGCCGCAGGACGCAGAGGCCGACAGCAGCGCGCCGAUCGCAGCGUCUGGAGCCGGACAGGGCGAGGAUAACAGCCAGCCGGAGGACAGCAUGAGGGAGCAGGCAGAGAAAAGAGGCCAGUGGUUCAAUCUGCUGCCCAAGGAGCCGUGCGACGAGACGUCGAUCUCCCAGCCGUGCGAGAACACACCUGCGCCUGCUUCAUCCCCCACUGAAGACACUCCAGCACCCCUCGAUAGUAACCCGCUCGCUCCUCCUCCACUACAGCCUCCGACAGCACAGAUGCAGACGGAAGCUGCUCCUCUUCCUCUUCCUAAGGUGUGCUCCACUCCGGCUCCCAGGGCCGGUAGGAGGCGCAGGAGAGGCAGUGGGCCGUCCCGAGCUCACGCUCGCUCCAGUGCGGCGAAGAGGCGUGGCAGACCUCCCUCCAAUCUCUUCCAAGAGGUUGAACUGAAGUACUUCACUCAGCUGGUGGUGAAGCCUAUUCCGUUAGAAAUGGUGAAGGGCUGGUGGUGGAUCAAAGAACCGGAGGAGCUGACAGCCAUUCUGAGCGCCCUCCAUCCUCGAGGCAUUCGUGAGAAAGUGCUCCACAAGCACCUCGCCAAACACAUGGAGUAUAUGUCUGAGGUCUGCACGCGGCCCGUCAGCGAUCCCAUCUUCCAGAUGACGGUGGAGGACGGCCAUGCCCUGCUGGAGGUGUCUAAACAGGCGUGGAGUGAGCAGGAGAGAGUCCUGCAGUUAGACAUCAAUGUGCUCCAGUGCGUGGAAGAUCUGGAGCAGAGGGUGGUCGGUGCAGACCUUCAAUUCAAGGUGGCCUUUCCCAAUGCGGAGAGUGAAAGUGAGGCUAGUCAGGAAUCAUCAAGCUCUCAAUUUCAGAUGUAUACCCCUCCCGAGGCGGACUCCACGCGGGAUGACCUGCAGUAUUACGAGCACGAGGUUGACCCCAAGGACGACUGGAUAGUCAAGACCAAGAAGGAAUGGUCCGACCUCCUGCGAGCUCCCAGCAACCCCCUGGACCUGGCCGUCCUCCGCUUGACUAAUCUGGAGCGCAACAUCGAGCGCCGUUAUCUGAAGGAGCCACUGUGGACCCUGUCCGAGGUGGUGCGCUUGGCGCCUCUCACCCCUCCGCCCGGCGGGGAGGAGGUCCCACUAGAUGCUGUGAGCUUGGAAAGUGAGAUCACACCCAGGUUGAGGACGUGGCGGCAGGCCCUGGACCGCUGCCGCAAUGCGUCUCAACUCUCUCUCUGUCUGCUGCAGCUGGAGAAAGCCAUCGCCUGGGAAAGAUCCGUCAUCAAAGUGACGUGUCAGGUGUGCCGUAAGGGUGAUGAUGAUGAGUACCUGCUCUUGUGUGACGGCUGUGAUCGUGGCUGUCACAUGUUCUGCCUGAGGCCAAAGGUCAUGCAGGUGCCAGAAGGCGACUGGUUCUGUCCCACCUGCGUUGCCAAGGAAAGCGGUGAAUCUCCGAGAUCGCAGCGCUCAUCUCGGAAAAGAUCAAAGGUGCAGAAAAAGCGUCUUGCAGAGGAUAGUUCAGACGAGGAUGAUGGGUACAGACGAGGCAUGACCACACGACAAAAAGACGCUGCAGCUUCCUCGAGUGGGACGAGCAUCUCGCCCUCCAAACGCAGACGGAUGGCCACACGAAACCAGCCUGACCUCACCUACUGCGAGAUCAUUCUGAUGGAAAUGGAGGCUCACUCAGAAGCCUGGCCUUUCCUGGAGCCGGUCAAUCCCCGCCUGGUGCCUGGCUACCGACGCAUCAUCAAAACCCCCAUGGACUUCCUCACUAUGAGGGAAAGACUUCUGCAGGGAGGGUACUGCAGCUGUGAGGAGUUUGCUGCCGACGCUCAGCUGGUCUUCAACAACUGCCAGCUCUUCAACGAGGACACGUCGGAGGUGGGCAAGGCCGGACACUCCAUGCGGCGCUUCUUCGAGAGCCGCUGGGCGGAGUUUUACGACAACAAGGACAAAUAGAGACGCUGCCCUCUGCUGCAUGGGAGGAAGCACUCGAACGCCAUGCCCCUUUGAUGCUCAUUACUACUAAAAACUCUGUCUGGAGAGCCAGCUUUCUGUAUGCAUACACGUGUAGAUAUAUGUAUAGAUUUGUUCUGUUGGUUUUACAAGUAUCUGUUUGUCCCCCUCACCCGCCUUGAUAAGCUUAAAGCAUUUCUUCAUCACCUGGUAUUACGGAACGUCUCCUCUUUAUUCAGCUUCGUCCGUAGCUCCUUCGGAGUAGAAGUACUUCUUCAGGACUUGAUCGGGUCACACUUGAUGUCACGUGUCGCAGACACACCUCUAUCAGGACGUUCUCACUUUUUCGGCCAUUUUACUCGAAGCCUUCUGCUCCAUAAUGUAUAGGUCGUGGACCACCCGUGUCCCCUUGAUUGAAAAUGUAACGUGCUUUCGAGACUAGAAGCAAUUUCCUCAGUAUAUUUUUAUUAUAUGCUAUAUAUACACUUAAAGACAGAAAAAAAAAAUAGUCGGGAUUAUUUAAUAGCAAUAGACUGUAGUGAAUCUGUACAGACCAUGUCGUAGAAAGAUGUAUAGGUGACUCAUGAAAUGGCCAGUAAACAUACUAUAUCACGUGUAACUCGCGUCUUUUGCUUGUAGAGUAUUGGUCUUAUAAACUGGAGGAUUGACAUCCUUUACUAGGGUAUUUUUUCUGUCACGCCCCCCCCGAACCCCCAGAAAGAAAUCAGUGUUUGUUCAUAUGGAAAUCUGACGUAAAGCCAACAGCAGAACUGAUGCAACGAAAGGCCGGUUUUAACGUUCUUGUUUUUAAGCUCUGCUAGCUAGAUAGCCGUUUUCAAAGCUUUUGCUUGGUGUAUGACUAUUGUCUGUGGGGAAAAAAAAACUUUAGACUGUAUUGAUAUUGGUUUAUAUGGAAAGGAUAUGUACGUACUUACGGCAGUAUAGUUUUGUUUAGCGACACUUAUUUUUCAUCGGAACAAUGUCUUCGCUGUCUCUUCAUUAUGAUUGAUCUGGUUUGAUCUUGGUUUUCAUGAACAUGGCAGUUUGUUGGGUUUCUGAAACCGCCACAUCCUCAGAUGUUUAGACUGUUUUAUGUGUUUUAAUGAUGUGUGUGUGUUUGAACCUGGACCAACUCCCUUAAAAAGGCCUUUUUUUUUUACACUAGUCUUUUGACUAACCAUGCUUUCUCAAAUGAAAAUGCCUUGCAUCAUUACUGGUGUAACUGACACAUAAGAAUUCCCUUAGUUCUUAAUUUUUCUUAGUGCACUGAGUAGAGGAGCGCAGUAGAGCACACUAUUCAUGUUCAUUUGCCAUGUUUUCAUACACUGAACUCGAUCCGCGUAGUAGGCAGUGCGUCAUUCACUCAGUGUUCCUCAUCAUACAAAAGGGACAUAUUUGCUUCUCUUUUUUUACAGACGGUAAAACCUGAAGAUAGUACAAGAAAACUCAACCAAAUGUGGUGUCUAGUGAAUUUUUAAUAAUGUACAGUUUUUGUGACUUUAAAUUUGUUCCUUUCUAUAUUUUUAGGACCAAUAUAUCGUUUUUAAGAGGCGACAUUAAAUGACCAUGUUGUUUCAAGGUAAUGUAACACGCGUGCAUCUGUAGAAUGUACUGUAAGCGGAAAUAAAACCACAUCUAGUAGAUGAAAA